GCGGGCCCGGCUCGGUCCCGGCUCGGUCGCGGUGGGUGCGGGCCCGGCUCGGUCUCGGCUCGGUCCCGGCUCGGUCGCGGUUUGGUACAGCCAUGGGUAAUGAACAGACCGAAGAUGAAAUAUCACUCUUUGAAAGAGAUAUGAAAGAGUUUUGGAUCCAGUUUAAAAUCAGUUAUGGCACUGAACAGAUCAAUCAAACUUUAGCACUGAGAGAUUCGUGCAAGGAGACUAUAGAAGCUCUUUCAGAGAAAUGGUCCAAGAAGCURAAAGAGGAAGACCUGAUGAUUGACAAAAUUCAGGAAUAUAAAAGUGAGAUCCUUCAGCAGAGCAAAUAUGUAGCAGAAAAAGAAGAGCAGUUGACAGAAAUAAAAUUGAAGCUAAGUCAAGAAGAAGAGCAACAGAAGAAUUUGAUUGACAGCAUCCAGGAGCUUAAAGAGGAGCUGAAGAAGAAAAUGGAAAUAAAAUCUUCUAAAACUGAAGCUGCCAAAGAGAAAGUGGAACGAGUAAGCGAGACUAAAACRUUGUUUAAAGAGCGUCUAGGAUUGGAGAUGCGUAGAAUUCAUGACGACCAAUUGCAGUUUAUAUUCAGACACAUUGACCACAAAGAUCCUGACAARCCAUACAUGUUUACACUUUCCAUAAAUGAACAGGGAGAUUAUGAAGUGACUUCCUGCACUCCUCCUCUGGACUGUGUUGCGGAGUUGCAGCUCAAACUGAGAGAAACUAAUAAUUUUUCUGCAUUUGUUGCCAACAUCAGAAAAGCUUUCACUGCUUUAUCAUAUAAACAGUCUGCAUGAAAUUGGUUUGUACCUCUCUUUCUGCCUGUAGGGCACACUUAUUUUCUUCCUGUUGUGAAAAUAUGUAUUUAUCCAUGUCUUAAUUUCUAAAUAAAGGUAACAAAACCAGUAUUUUAGUCUACUGUUAUCUAGACACAUAUUGGAUCAUUCUUUGAACAACAGUAUCACCAGCUACWCCCUUAACUGAAUGUCUCUGGACAUGUAAGUUUUGAUCCAUUACAUCCAAUAAUGAUGCAAUGAUUUGUAUUUAGCUACUCCAGGGAGAUAUUCAAACUAAAAUACCUCCUGUARUUUGUGUCUCUUUUCCAAAAGCAUUCAUGUGUCUUUCAGGUUUCUGUGUGGUUGAAAUAGGCCUGAAACCUUUUUAAAGAAAAAGUAUGCUGAAGCUUAGCACUUACUUCAGUUACCUGUGUCACAGGUCACUGUCUUAAUUUUUACCCUAACAUGUACUCUAGUGUUYGUAUUUCUAUUCAUGCAUCUGAAUGUUGUUUUUCUCCUGGUCUGUUAAACUUUGUCAUUGGAAAUCCUUACACAUGGUAAAGCCUGAAGUAUAAAGUAUGAAAUAUAGUGGUUACAGAUAUAGCACGUGUGUAUUUUGCAUCUUAUCAGGAAGACUAUUACUGCUCCAGUGCUYAUCUUUGAUUUAAAAUAUUCUUUUUCUAUCUUAUAAAAUAUUUUCCUUUUUACGGAAUAUUCA